UUCAAAUAGGUCACUUUAAAAAUAAUUUUUUACAGAUUGAAAGACAUGAUAACUGUGCAUAUGACUACUUGGAAAUUCGAGAUGGAACGAAUGAGAACAGUCCUUUAAUUGGUCACUUUUGUGGCUAUGACAAGCCAGAAGACAUUAGAUCUACCUCUAAUACCCUGUGGAUGAAGUUUGUUUCUGAUGGAACCGUUAACAAAGCAGGGUUUGCAGCUAACUUUUUUAAAGAGGAAGAUGAAUGUGCCAAACCUGACAAUGGUGGCUGUGAGCAGCGCUGUGUAAAUACUCUGGGCAGUUACCGGUGCGCCUGUGAUCCUGGCUAUGAACUCGGUCCUGACAAAAAGAGUUGCGAAGCUGCUUGCGGAGGACUCCUGACAAAGCUAAAUGGGACUAUAACCACACCAGGGUGGCCCAAAGAGUAUCCUCCAAACAAAAACUGUGUGUGGCAGGUGGUUGCCCCGACGCAAUACCGAAUUUCAAUGAAGUUUGAGUUUUUUGAGUUAGAAGGGAAUGAAGUUUGCAAAUACGAUUAUGUGGAGAUUCGUAGUGGCCUUUCUUCUGAUUCUAAACUACACGGUAAAUUCUGCGGUACAGAAGUGCCUGAAGUUAUCACCUCUCAGUACAACAACAUGCGAAUUGAGUUCAGAUCUGACAACACCGUGUCAAAAAAAGGCUUCAAGGCACACUUCUUCUCAGACAAGGAUGAGUGUUCGAAGGACAAUGGUGGCUGCCAGCACGAGUGCAUCAACACGGUAGGAAGCUACGUUUGCCAGUGCCGAAAUGGAUUUGUGCUACAUGAAAACAAACAUGACUGCAAGGAGGCUGAAUGUGAACAGAAGAUCCACAGUCCCAACGGCAUCAUCACGAGUCCCAACUGGCCCGACAAGUAUCCCAGUAGAAAGGAGUGCACGUGGGAAAUCAGUGCCACCCCCGGGCAGAGGGUCAAAUUGACCUUCAACGAAUUUGAGAUAGAACAACAUCAAGAAUGUGCUUAUGACCACUUGGAAGUGUUUGAUGGUGAAAGUGAAAAAUCACCAAUUCUGGGACGCUUAUGUGGCAAUAAGAUACCAGAUCCUCUUAUUGCUACUGGCAACAAAAUGUUUCUCCGCUUUAUUUCUGAUGCAUCAGUUCAAAGAAAAGGCUUCCAAGCAACGCACACUACAGAGUGUGGUGGUCGGCUGAAAGCUGAAACCAAGCCCAAAGAUCUGUACUCGCAUGCUCAGUUUGGCGAUAAUAACUACCCGGUUCAGGCGGACUGCGACUGGCUCCUGGUGGCAGAGCGCGGCUAUCGAGUCGAGUUAAUGUUUCAGACUUUUGAAGUUGAAGAAGAGGCAGACUGUGGUUAUGAUUAUGUGGAGCUCUUUGAUGGUCAUGAUAAGACAGCUGUGAGACUCGGUCGAUUUUGUGGAUCUGGGCCACCAGAAGAAAUUUAUUCAGCAGGGGAAGCUCUUUUACUUCAUUUUCAUACUGAUGAUACAAUCAACAAGAAAGGAUUUCAUAUACGAUACAGAAGUAUAAAAUAUCCAGAUAGCGUGCACACCAAAAAAUAACACAAGAACCUCUAUGCCAGAAAAGGAGAGUGAGAAAGAAAGAACGCACAGUGGAAAGGAAGGAAGGCGUGUCUUUUUUUUUAAACUGAAGUUAUUAGCACAAAUGUUUUAUGAGAG